UUUUUUUUUUCUUUUUCUUUUUUUUUUUUUUUUUUUUCGAAAACUCAUUGGUUAUGUACGUUUUCCAUCAUGAUUGUGGUCAUUAUGCUAUUCUUCGUUUGGAUACCGGCGGCAUUUUUCUUACCGCGUUCACUGCGACGGAAUCACUAUCCGAAAGUUGCGGUAGCUCAGGGACAUAGCGGGGGCCGACCCUUUCGUGUUGUUGACUCGUUGAUCAGUGAUUCAUAUCGACUCACUCUCCACUUCAUAAGUUUAAGCCAGGGGGACCCAUCCCACGCCAAAAUGGCGAUAGUCAAGCCACCCAAGAAAGGCAAUUGGCAGUCGGGUAACAUUUGGUACCGGGGAGCCGGGACUGACGUUGACGAUCGAUACAAGACUUUUAAUGGAUUCAACAUCAACCCA